AUGUGGGCAUAUAUCAGAGACGCCAUCUUCAAUACAGUCAUCAAUACCUUCGGCAGGCAGACAAGGCGGAACACAGCCUGGUUUGAGGAACACCUGGCUAUAUUGGAACCCAUCCUCCAAGCCAAACGCAUGGCGCUCCUGAAGUACAAGCAAGACCCAAGUACAGAAUCAUUAAGGGCUCUGAAAACUGCUCGUAGUGCAGCCCAAACAACCGCCAGACGCUGCGCCAACAACUACUGGGUGAACCUCAGUAGUAGGAUCCAACUCGCCUCUGACACUGGCAAUAUCCGUGCCAUGUAUGAAGGCAUCAAGACAGCCUUUGGCCCAAACAUCAAGAGGACUGCCCCCCUUAAAUCCAGCACAGGGGCCAUCAUCACUGAUAAACAAGAGCAAAUGGCCAGAAACAAGGGUGACCGUGGGGACUGCAAUAACUACCGUGGCAACUCCCUGCUGAGCAUCGUGGGGAAAACCUUUGCCCGUGUGGCCCUCAGCAGGUUACAGAUACUAGCUGAGAGGACGUAUCCUGAGGCUCAGUGUGGCUUCAGAGCAGGAAGGUCUACAAUUGGCAUGCUUUUCUCCUUGCGUCAGCUACAGGAGAAAUGUCGAGAACAGAGAAUGCCCCUGUACUUGGCAUUCAUUGAUCUUACAAAAGCCUUUGACCUCAUCAGUAGGGGAUGCCUCUUCAAACUCCUCAAAGUGAUCGGCUGUCCACCGAAGCUGCUGACAGUCAUCUCCUCUUUCCAUGACAACAUCAAAGGAACAAUACAGCACAGCGGCACCACCUCAGAGGAAUUUCCCAUACUCAGCGUUGUAAAGCAGGGGUGCGUGCUUGCCCCAACACUGUUUGGCAUCUUUUUCUCACUUAUGCUCACACAUGCCUUUGGGACAGCAGAAGAGGGAGUCUUUCUUCAUACAAGAUCUGAUGGCAAACUCUUCAACCUUGGCCAUCUCAGAUCCAAAACCAAAGUCCGCAAAGUCCUCAUCAGAGAACUCCUUUUUGCUGAUGAUGCUGCGCUGACAGCUCACACAGAACAAGGUUUGCAGACACUCAUCGACCACUUUGCCAAUGCCUGCAACAACUUUGGCCUGACAAUCAGUCUAAUAAAGACCAAUGUCAUGGGCCAGGAUGAUGGCAGAAUACCCAAGGAUGUCUUGUACGGCGAGCUGGCAUCAGGCACACGGGCCACCGGUCGCCCGGUCCUGCGCUUCAAAGAUGUCUGUAAACGGGACAUGAAGAGCUGCGACAUCAAGCCAAAUGACUGGGAGAAAACUGCCGGCGACCGACUCAGCUGGCAGCAGGCUGUGAAAACAGGCUUCAGGAGAGGCGAGGAGAAAACACGUACCGCUUGGCAGACCAAGAGGGAGCGACGUGCCGCAGGGCAGAUUCAAGCCAACGUAGCCCUAAUGACACCUCGGUGUUAA